AUGAAACGAGAAGAGAAGAGAAACGAGUAUCGUAUCAAGUAUGAGCACAAAAGCAAAACGACAGAAACUUUCCUCCUCACUUUCGCCGCCACAGCUGUCAGUAGUAGUCCUUCCACCAUUUACGAUUAUCUCCGGCUGCACGGUCUCCCAAUUGGCCUUUUCCCAAAGGGUAUAACUAAAUUUUCGCACGACCCUUCAUCCGGAAAUUUCCAGGUCUUGCUGAACCAGCCUUGUAAUGCCAAGUUCGAUAACCAGGUUCACUACGAUUUCAAUGUCUCCGGUACCUUGACUUUUGGUCAAAUCGGGAAUUUGUCCAGCGUUACGGCUCAGGAGCUCUUUCUUUGGUUCCCUGUCAAAGGUAUUCGCGUCGAUGUACCCAGCUCUGGCCUUAUCUAUUUCGAUGUGGGUGUCAUUGAUAAGCAAUUCUCUCUCUCACUCUUUGAAUCACCUCCCGAUUGCACCGCCGCUGAACCUGCUGAUCUCACUUCUGAUGUUGCUUCCUUUCGCUCAAAAUUCCAAAUCGCCGAUUUACAGUCUCGUUCUCAGGUUGAUUGA